CAUGUGUGACAUAAAACUGGAGACCGAAGAUCUAGAAAUAUGCCGCGGCUGCCUGAGUUCAAAUAGGAGGCUGUAUUUUGUGGAAACUGCCGUGUAUCUACCUCUUUUGACAGAAGACCAAAUACCCGAAUUGGAUCUUAUGGAGCAUAUAGCUUUGUGUUGGGAGUGCAUGGCUCUGCUGCGCAAGAUAUGUGGGUUCCGGGCACAGGUCCAGAAAGCACAUAUGAUCCUGCAAGAAUCCUUACAACUUUCACCAACAAAACCUAAUUUGUCUUCUCUUUCUGUCCAUCAAAAUUUUGAAUAUGAUGCAGUUUUUGAAGAACAAACACCGCAUGAAUUACCAUUUUUUCAUGAAACACCGAGCUCAACUGUAGAACAUGAUAAAAUUAUUGUGCCCACAAAAUACAAAACCAAGGUAACAUUAACUGAAAUAACAUGUAUGAAAACUUGUAAAGUUGUUUUACACGAUAUUUUUAAAAACAAUAUUAUAUCUGAACAUCCCAGUGAUGAUAGUGAUGAUAAUGAGAAUUUUGGAGUUGAUGAUAGCUACAGUUCCUCCGAGGAAAUUACAGAAACAAAACACGAAACCAGAGAAAUUUUAUCAGUAGUGAAAGAACCAAAUUUACAAAAGGGACCAAACACAACUAAAGAAAUAAUUAAAACUCCAGCAACACUGAAACUGGGCCAGAAAUCACAAAAAUUAAUUGACACCAAAAAGGUUGCACCAAAAAGAAGAACAGUUAACACAGCACAAACACUUUCAGUAAAAAAAGUAAAACACGAUUCAAAAAAUGGUAAAAACAAAUGUGAAACUAAAACACUAGAAUUUUUAAACAUUGAUAAUAAAACAAAAUUUAAAGUAAAGGAUGAUAUUUGUUCAGACAAUGAAGAUGCCAAAGCUGAUUUAAAUGAUAGUGAAUUUGAAACACAAGCAACAAAAGAAAAGCAGUCAAAGUUACAUGCAGAUAUCAAAUUAAAUGGUGAUAAUGAACAGAAAACAACAAAAAGAAAGAGGAAAAUACAAUUCAGGGAAAUAAACACUAGAUAUAGAAAGAUUGAACAGGUUCUGCCAUAUUUUCAAGAAAUCGAAAUGAAUGAGCAAGAUUUAAAGAGCACCUUAGAGAAAGAUGAUGCCAUUGUUGAUAAACGCAAAACCCAUAAAUGUAGUAUAUGCGGUGUGACACGUACGCUUCACAUACACUUAAAUGGACAUGCAUUACAAAAACAUAGAAAAACUCAUCCUGAACACAUAAUAAAUGGAAUUUUCCACAACCCGGCCCCAGUGUUGCCGCAAAACUCCGUCUGGCGCUGCGGCGUUUGUGCCAGAAUGAUGCGGAGGGAACAUAUAGUCGCACAUAUGAAUGAAUUCCAUGUUCGUCGAUUUUGGUGCAAUUUUUGUGAAUGGAGCUUGAAGCCUUUUUGGUAAGUUAUUA